CUAUUUCACUUUUUUGUACAUUUUCAACAUAUUUGUAAUUUUUAUAUUUAUUAAUUUAUGAAUUUACACCCAUUUUAAACUUGGUUGUUAGCAAAUUUCAGUGUAAUUUACUUUUACACAUAGUCUCAAGAAAUGAGCAGGAUUUUUACAUUCACACCCUAUCAUGCCUCGAUAUAACUUAAUACCUAAAUUGAGUAUUUUUGGAGCACUAAGACGUAUGCAUAUUUCCUAUUCAAACCGAAGAUUAAACACAGCAGAUAUCGCCAGGAGACUUGUGAUUUAUGCUACUGGAAAGGAACUCAAAUUGAAAUACCCAUUGUUGGAUGUUACAUGGGAGAUUUUGGAUUACGAUAGUCCAGCCAAUUUACAAGUUGAAUAUCUGGACGGGACCACUGAAAGAUUUUUAAUCGAGGGAUACAGCAAAUCUGAACAAGAAAAGAUUAUCAACAACUGGCAAUUUGAGUCUGAUUUAGUUCCCUAUCCAGAGACUUUAGCGCCUAAAUUUGAAAAAUCAUAA